GCUUCGCGUCCCCGCGGUUCCCCCAAAUCCUGCCCGCCGUUUAAAAAUCGCUCUCUUGGCACAAGCGCUCGGGAGCCAGGCUCACUUUAUCGCCGCUGACGCUGUCAAAAUCGCUGUGGCUCCAGCAGUAAGAACAGCGAGCCCCCUCCCUCCCUCUCUCUCUCCCUCCGCCGGGUCACCCGCUCCUCGUGAGAAACCAAACGCUGAUAUUCCUUUCGCUUCAUCUUCCCCGCUUACGCGAGGGUGCGGAAGACUUGCUAAUUAAUUUACAUACGAGGGAAUGAUGUCUGAAGGAAGGAAAAAAUACCCCGUUGCACCUGCUCCGCCGAGACUUGUCAUCUGAAUCUGGAGGAGAACUAUAAAUCAUGUAAAGUGUUCGCGGUGGAGUCGGCUUCUUCUGAGAGCUGUAGGAUUAUGUAUCCAAAUGCUGAAUUUAUAUUUCCCACUAGGAAAAGACUGAAACUCAGGUGCAGCCAAAAUCUCAGUGAAGAGACACAUUUCAAAGAAUAACUAACAAUGAAGUGACAAAGUAUUACAAAAAAAAAAAACAACCAACAAUGGAAACGUUUCAGUACCUCAUCAUGAAAUUGAAAUUUAAAGGCUUUCUAAGUUUUUGGACUACUUCAAUUGAAAAAUUUUGGAUGUUUUGUGUGCAGAAGAGCACCAUAAGAGAAAACUUUGCAAUCCUCCUGGAAGGAAAGGAAUACAGUACAGUUGGAUGAUGAAAGAUGCCAACAGAAAAGGAUAGAUUAUGAAGCACUGAAGAAAAAAGGAGCAGAAGACCAUACAGAUUUUUGGCCUGAGAUGGCUUCAAAUCCUUUUAACUUUUCUUCUGUUAAAGAACUGUAUUGUGGAACAUUGGGCUUAAAACAUCCAUCCUAUGUACAGUAUAUUUAUUACACUUUAUCAGAAAAGUUGCAUGUUAGUCUGACUUAGUAAUUUAUGUUAUCUUUCAGUUGCAGUAACUACAGAAUCCAGAUGAUUUAAAGAUCGAAACUUCUGAGAAUACGUCUGAUUCUUUCCUUCUGUGUGUCAGGUUGUUGAAAAUUUCACUCUGAAUGUCUGCUGCCAUGCUUAAUUAGCAAGCAGAUCAUAAGUGAAACUGCUUCUUCACCAACUGUGACCAGCAGGUAUUGACAAGAAAACCAUGUAAACUCUACAAAUGACUGCUGGUGUGCUUAAAACAGCAGAAAAAUAUGUUCACUUCAAUGUCCCUGGGGCAUUUAACUUUGUAUUAGACAGCAGCUUUUACUGGAAAUCUGAGCACAGCGCUUGUGAACCUGCAAAAAUCUAUAGGAGUUUCUAGAGCCUUAUCAAAUACCUGAAUACUGGUAAGACCAGUCAGAUCUAAGGAGAAAAAUGUGAAAAGAUGCUUCAGAAACUUGCUGUGUGCUUACCACAGGUUCUGCCAACCAUCUCAAGAGGGGACUUACCUAUUCUUUCAUUAGUAAGCAUAACAUUAUCUUGAAAUAAUUAUUCCUCUCCACAUGGCCUUCCUACUAGUGUCAGCUUAUCUUCUGCUGACUCAUGCUCGGGGUGCUCCUGUUGAGAAUGGGGCACUGUUGGAAACACUGAAGUCACAAGUAGGAUUAUUCAGCAAUAAAAGUGAACACUAUUCAGCACAGGUGAGACCUCCUGGCACGAGCCGACAAAUACCUCAGACAAUCAUCAUAGGAGUUCGUAAAGGAGGGACAAGGGCUUUGCUGGAAAUGUUGGAUAUUCAUCCUAAUAUUGUGGUAGCAGCUACAGAAGUCCACUUCUUUGACUGGGAUGAAAAUUAUGUGAAAGGAAUAGACUGGUAUAGAAAUCUGAUGCCAUUUUCUUAUGGAAAUCAAAUAACAAUUGAGAAAACACCAGGCUAUUUUACAUCACCACAGGCUCCGGGAAGAAUUCAUGACAUGAAUAGCUCCAUUAAACUGCUGCUCAUUCUAAGAGAUCCCACUGAGAGAGUUAUAUCUGACUAUACUCAAGUAUACUACAACAGAGUAGAAAGCCACAAGCCUGUUCAGCUUUUUGAAGAUAUUGUUAUUAAGAAUGGAGUGCUUAAUACCAAAUACAAAGCUAUUCAGAGAAGUCUAUAUGAUGUUCAUAUGGAAAAGUGGCUUAAGCAUUUCAGUUUGGAUCAGAUUCAUAUAGUGGAUGGCAAUACUUUAAUCAAGGACCCUCUUCCUGAAUUACAAAAAGUUGAAAGAUUUCUAAAUCUUCCUUCCCGAAUUAUGUCUUCUAAUUUUUAUUUUAACCAAACCAAGGGAUUCUACUGCAUUAGAAGUGAUGGGAGGGAGAGAUGUUUACAUGAAUCCAAAGGGCGUCCCCAUCCUCUCGUUAACAGCACUGUUUUAGAGCAAUUGUAUUCUUACUUCAGAGAGCACAAUGCAAAAUUUUACAGAAUGGUUAAUCAUUCCUUUGACUGGCACUAAUGCAUUUGGAGUUGAUAUUUCUUAAAAAGGGCCUGAAGUAGACUCUUUCAAACACAUCUUUAUAAACUGUAAAGACAUAUAUUAUGAAAAUUAACACACUGGCUAUAUGCUUCAUUGGAAUAACACAUUUGUUAACUCAUUGAAAUGGUACUCUUUAUGUUGGGAAAAAUAAGUUUUAUGUAUUUGUAUGAUUACUGUGAGUCAUAUUCUGAUCUUUCUCUCAUCAUGCAAAUACAUUAACUUAGUACAGCAAACUUAGUACAGACGUGUAUCUCUACAAAAUUUGUGCUGUUUUGGAAAAAAUGCUUCUAACUGUAAAAAAUGUAAAUAUUUGAAAUGGUAUUAUUCUAACUGUUCUGUAUUUUUUGUUGUUAGUAUUUUUUUAUAUCCCACACAACAAUAAUGGUGUUGAUUUCUAGAAUUUUCAUAAAAUAAGCUCAAAUUGUAUGUUAAAACAGGGGCAUGAAUAGUGGCUCCAAUAAAUCAUUCAUCCUCUUUAAUAUGCUGAAGUACUUAAUCAAUAAAUAAUAAAAGGAAUCUCCUUCACCUGUAAUUUUGAAUAGGUGAACUAGAAGCUACCUGUCUGUAUAUCAUUAGUAUUAAACUAUUAAGCCACACUCUUACUAUCCUGGGUUUGCAAAAAAAUCUCCAAAAUCACAAAUCUCCAAAGUAAGAACAUGAACUGUUUGAAGAAGAUUAAAGUGAGAGUUCUGAAUAUAAAGAAAUUAAAAUAUCCCAGGCAGCCUCAAUUUACAGUGAUACUUUAUACAUUAAAAAAAAAAGGCAUAAAAAUUAUUAGUAUCAGCAACUGUACAAAUAUUUGAUUAUAUCAAUUUCGUCACUUUGCUCUUGAAUGGAAAAGUUCUUAGUUAGUACUACCAUAUUAAUUAUGUUUGCAUUCUGUGAAUAGUUAUUCUAUUGCUCUCCUGGUUUUGGUUUAUAUAUCUUCCUUGGCACAUUGAUUCAUGUUUAAAAAAAAAAAAUUAUUUGUUUGCCCCCUGAAGCAUGGAGUAAUUCUUAUUUUGCCAUUUCUAAUGCAGACCAUGGAACACUCUCAAAAAACAUCCUGUUGAGUGAUAUAUCUUAGACAGUGUUCAAUACGCUCAGUAUGACAAACUCAGAUUAUACAUAAGAAUCACAUUUGUCUAUAGCUCUGCAUUAGGAUUCUAUUUUCAAAUUUUUUUUUUUUUACAGUAUUGUGCUGGUCUUUUCUACUUUUUCUUGUAAAUAUUUUAUUAUCGAUACCAAAGAAAAAAAUCGACUUGAAAUGUUAAAUGUUAAAUUUGCUGCCAGAUAGACCUACAGAUGCAGAUGUGCUUGUUUGCCACUGUACCUUGCAAUCCAGACACCCUGGUGCACCCCCUGGUAGAAGCAGCGCUCAGCAGGUGCCUCUGAGAGCCCUGAGAGCACAGGUGAGCUGCAGUGCUGUGGGCCCACUCUGAGCAUCGCAGCGUCCAACUCCACCGAGCCCUGGGGAGGGUCCUGCAUCUGUGUCCUGUCUGUCCCUGCUCAGCCUGCAGGAGUGUGUAUGUUCUUAGCAUGGGAUUCGAUCUUCCACUUCACAGGCUAAAAGGUAUGUAUUGCAGUGGUAAUUUGGGGCUUCUAAUACCUUAUGACCAGGCCACUUAGAUAUUAGGCGUGUAGGAGUAUUCCACUGAAACUGCACAGAACCAGACUUGACUCGGAGUAUGUGGAAACAGCCUUCAUCAAUAUUUCCUUAAUAAAUGUAAAAUGUUUAAAAUAAUAUAAUAAAUCCUAUUCUUUACCUGUUCCACUACUUGUAUAUGUAUAUAUGAGAGAAAAUUAUUUUCGUUAGCAUGUAAUUAAUCUCUGAAAUUACCUUUCUGGACUAUGAUUGUUUACUACAUCUUUGAUUUCUACAGAAGCCCAAAUUGUUUUUUACUUCUGCCACUUUUUCUGAGAUUGUGGCUUCUUAAUCAUUAAUAUUGAUCAGAGGGGGGCACUAAGAAGUACAAUAUCAAUGGGACUGUCUAUAAAUAUGAAUAUAUUUGUUUCAAAUUCAAAGAAUGCAUUGUUUAUGCUCAUCUUCUACCAUCUCUACAAGAUACCUCUACAAUUGGAUAGGUAAAAUGUAAUAAUUACAGUUGUACAGUUUAACAACAUCUUCUUUGUUAUUUGUCAAGGGAAAAGUUACACCAUAAAAAUUCAGUACUCUGAAUUAACAGUGUGAUUCUAUAUCAGAACAACUCUUUGUAUUUUGUGGGCACAGCACUUUUGCCUGAUAACAGAACUCCCAAAUCCAGAUUUGCAGUAUUUUUUAACACAGCCUGUUCUUUCUGACCAAUGUAAUCUCAGUGACAAACAAAACCCCUUCCAGUCCACUAAUUUUAGAUUUACAUUAUUGAAGGUAGCAACAUAAGUGCAGUUUGUAUCAGAUACAAAUAUAUUGCUUUAUUUCUUAUACAUUCCAAAACUCUCUUCCUUUUCUCUCUCUCUUUUCUUCCUUUUCUCUCUCUCUCUUUUUUCUUUUUUUUCCUUGCAAGAAGUGAAUUUGAAAACAAUGUAUGCUUUAGCAAAGGUUUCAGGUAGAUGCUAGUAAUUGAAGAAUUCACGUCUAUAUGCCAUAUUCAAUUUCAUAGGCUUCCAAGAAAAAGGAAGAGAAAAAAUUCUAAUGUCUUCCUAUAUUUAUGCCUGCAGGCAUCAAGUCUUUCUCUUUAUUCUCUGAAGUUUGCAGCUAAUCUUUAAAUGAGCUGAAUGCAGGAACACCAGUUGGCAGGAGCUUUAUGCAUCUUUGAAAAUGCAGGUCCCUUUCUGGAAUUUACAUUUAAAGGAGAGCUGAGCUGUAUGGAUUAGUGAUGCAUAUAUCUACUUGAUUUGUUAUCACUCUUCAUUCCUGCUCAGCACUUCUGGGAAGGACAGAGUUGAUGGAAUGAAUUCAAUGAUCAUUUUAGAGUUUACUGAGUUGAUGGAAUGAAUUCAAUGAUCAUUUUAAGUUUGCUAAUACCUUGAGAAGUAUAUUAUGCAUAGUAUAAUCUGGGGGAAGGGUUGGUUGUUUUGGUUUGGUUUUGCAUAAAUCAAGAUUCUCAUCAUAAGUUUAGCUUUGGUAAAUAGUCUACAAUAACCUCUGCAUAACAGAAUUCAAUAAAUAUAAUAGACUGUAAUUUUAUAUUGCAGACUGUUUCAAUCAAUUUCUCAUUUUGUGGUCUGAGAAAUAUGCUCUCAUGCAGUCCUGGCCUUCUCCAUUCUUACUGUCUUCAAGAAAACCCUUCUUGCCUCAUGCUCAGGACAGGGAUCAGGUCAACUUAACAGACAAUCCACUGAGCUACACUUAAAUAGUACUGAAAUAAAAGUACUCAGUAUUUGGCACUUGGAAUUCAGAACUAGUCAAAUUUUGGAAAGACCUGUAGGAUUACAACCAGUUUAAAGCUGUUAUUAACAAGUCAGUUCUCAAUUUAAGAAAUUACAAAUAUCUCAUGAACUUCCACAAUUGAUAGUAAACCAUAAACUAUUCUUCUCCACAUGGGUCAUCAAAGGUUUUUCAUCUUAUUAUCUGAUACUCAAGAGGUGUUUGCAAAAGUAAAUUUCAUGUGGACAGAUCACUUAAAGAGAUCACGCAGUUAUUUCAAAGGUUUCUGGGAGCAUCUGAAGUAGAUGGCAUAGUCACAUGUAAGACUACUGCAGAACUUGUGAUGAUUUGAGCAGCUCUUUGAUUUUGUUUUACAUUCCACAAAUACUAAGCUUUCACUUUAAAUACUGUUCCUUUCCUUUUUUAGUAAAAUUGCCAUAGUUAUAGUUUCUUUGAUGUACUAUCACUGAGAAUUAACAGUCUCAAGCAACUGCAGCUGUAACCACAUCAGUUUAGCCUUUGCCACAAUAAGCAGCACACAGACUUAAUAUCUAUGAGUCUAAUAUUACUAUUUUUUUAUAUAGACUAUAUAUAUUACCAAUAGUACAUAAAGAAAAAUUACUGUGAAACUUAAAAGCUAGGAUUUUGCCCCAAAAAGCUCCUAGUAUGUAACUAAUAGGAAAGAAACCAAGAACUUCCUCUAUUGCACUCACACCCAUUAUUUUAACAGGAAUAGGAUUGGAUUUUUCCAUUGUAUCCUCUGUAUCUAACCUGGCUUUUGAUCUUUUCUUUUGUAGCUUAAGCUUGAUAGUGCAUUUACAAUUCCUCUUAAAGAAUAACUGUUAAAACAAAGACAUUUUUUCAGUAUUGUGGAAAACUUUAUACAGGCCAUGCACAUCAUUGCAAGCUGCUACACAUCAGCUCCUUCGGUAUCCACGUGAUACAAAGACAAUAAUCCAAUAAAGAUUAUCUAUUGAUGACCAAUCAUAUUGAUUACUGUCUGGAAGCACAUCCAGAUGAGGAGUUUUCAGUCUUCAUUCACAUCAAAAAGAAAUUUUUAAAAAAUUAGGUUGUUUCUAUCAAAUUUGACUGCUCAUUGUCUUUGCCUUCUUAUAUUAGAUAAAAAUUUUAAUAUUUACAUAAUACCUAUAAUUUCUUGCUUUAUCUAUGUGGUCAAACACAAAAAUAUGACUUAUCAGUUUGCUUACACAGUUUAAUUGAAAAAAAAAAAAGACAUAUCCCCCAAUACCUUGGUUCAUAGCAAGAAAUGCACAAUAACCUUUCCUUUCAGAGAAAGGAAUAUUUAAAUUAUUAAAAUAAGUAUUAUACAAUUGUAAAUUAUUAUUUUCUAUAUUUGUGGAUUUGCUCCUUCAUUUCCUUCAAAAGCUUGACUUUUGUCAUAGAAAUACACAGACACAUUGGAAAUAAAAUCAUUAAUAAUUUGCCUAGCACAUUAAUCAUUACCAGCAGUUAAUGAAGAAUAUUUAGCUACUGGCCAAAUAGUUUCCACUUCAAUUAUUUCAAGUUUCAAUGUGACACUAAAUCAUGUUUCUAUUUUCUAAAACUAAUUUAAAAGUUAAAGCUGACAGUGGCUAAAAAGACUCUGUAGUAUCAUUCUGUGAUUACAGGGGAAUUGUAUUGUCUUGUCUUUAAGGUUAAUUAACAGUGACAUGUGCUUACUACAAUUCCUGAAAACAUUUUGGAAGCCAAGAUUCUAACAGAAAUGCAAUGUAUAAAUCAGUCCUUGAACUGCAACUUAGAGAAAACACAACAGAUGAAAACAGGCUGCUAUAAAUCAUAGCAUAUAAAUCAUCUGUUAAAAUCUAUGUGAUGCAAAAUUUACAGCCUCGCCUGUAUUAGCCCAUCUAACAAGUACUAUGAAGCUUAUUUUCUGAUGCAAAAUAGCUUUACACUUUUACAUUGUAUGUUUUUUCGGUUCCAUCACAAAAACCUCUUGAUAAGUGCGUAAAGAAAAACAUCUUCAUGUAAACUCUUUACUGGUGAUACAGUUUUUCUCUCAAAGGCCAUUUCUCUAGUUUUGUAUUGUUUCCUCUGAGAUAAAAAGGUGGGUUGAGUCACCCGGCAAUAAAAGAAGAGAGUUAUCAUGCCAGAACUAAGAUUACUUCUGUUUAUUACAGUUCUCAGUGAAAAACAUUUUCAUAUAGGGACAGAUAAAAGUUUACAAUCUCUUUGUAUUUUCUCUGUCUUCUUAACACAACUCUUACAAUUUUUCUUAUUCUGAAGAAUGUUACUUGAAAUACUUACAUUGUCACUCUAGAGCUCUGACUCCCAGAUUUAAAUCAGAUGGCAGUAAUAAAAAGGAAGCACAGGUAAUUAAGAAUCCAUUCUCUUUGCCUCUUGGACUGGCUAAGGUUUUCUUAUUUUUAAACUCUUCCGAUGUGAACAUUUUGAUCCAUCAUAAACUUUCUAUGUAUCAGCCAAACUUGCAAUACAAAAAAAAAAAAAAAAUAGGAGAAGAGAGACUAGAAUGCAAUAAAACCUGAGCUGAAGGCCCUCUUCUGCUGAAUAUUUGUUGACAUAAUAUGGCAGAGUUACAAACAAAAAUUACGACUGGCCUGGUAAGACAAUGCACAGGACUAAACAUGCUAUUCCAGGGAUUUAUCUAGGUAUUCCACAUGCCUGACCAAAUUUUAUGAUCAUUAGGCUAUUAGGGACACACACGAAUAUGCAUUUUCAAAACAAUGUAUUUCACCUUAUUAGAGAGUACUACAGUGCUGUAGGACAGGUUGAGUAUAUUAAGCCUGUCCUUGGCUGAAACUCUGCAGUGAUAUAAAGGCAAGUUGGAUGGGAAGUAACAAUUGCCCACACGGAAUGUUGGGCAUUUUAAAAUGCCUUAUGGAAAAUCAGCAGCACUAGAAGCAGCAGGUUUGUUGAUUUGACAGGGACUGUCAGUGUAGAAAAAUGCUGUGCAGCUGUCAUGAGAAGAUUGAAGAUACCUUUUCUAUACUCUGCCACGAUACAAAUCUGCAACUCAAGACAAGUGACGCAGAUGGAACACUGUAAACUGCAGAGGGGGGCAUUGCUGCCUUAAGUGACGAAAGAUUAAAGGCUCAUAAACACCAUAUGCUAUAGCUACAGACACACAUAUCAUACACAGCUUGCAAACUACACUGAGCUUAAAACAAAACCAAGAAGAAUCUGCAACUGUGCACAAAAGUGACCAUGUUGAAGGCAUGCUAAAACAGGGGCAACAGUUACAAUAUGAGCUAUCUAUAAUUUAGUAUUUGUCAUAUUAAUAAACUGAAGUUUGUUUAGACCGUGCACUAGGUACCUUCUGUGAGCUAGCACCAUAUACUGCUCUUAAUAUUUUCACCUUACAGACAAUGGGUUCAAAAUAAGCGUCAUUCAUUAUGUGUUUGCCAGACAACAGUGUUUAUGCAAUUGAAGUUCUUUGUCAGGUGUACAUAUGACAAAACUAAUAAAACAGAUGUACAGAU